UCAGGUUUUACUUCCUUUUCGAUGAAAAUAACGGAUCUUCGUAUUCGUGAAUUCCAUACUUCUUAUCUACGUAACGCGAUAGUUCCUUAUUUGCUGGCUGAUAUUGGUGAAGGAAUAAACGAAUGCGAAAUCAUACAAUGGUUUGUUAAGCCUGGAGAUCAGAUCAGCGAAUUUGAAAAAAUUUGUGAAGUGCAAUCCGACAAAGCAAGUGUAGAAAUUACAUCACGUUAUUCCGGCACUAUUAAGGAAUUACACUAUGAAGUUGGGGAAAUGGCUAAAGUUGGAAAACCAAUAGUUGACAUAGAAACUGAAAGCGCCUCGGAAAAACAUGAAGAGUUGGAAUCCGAUGAAAAUUCUGUAACUUCUACAAUAACUCAGCAUUCGGAACUUAAAACAAAUGCAUUUUCUUCAAAUAAUAAAGUUUUAUCUUUGGCAACUCCUGCUGUUCGACGUAUAGCGAAAGAACACAAAGUUGAUAUUUCCGAGAUUAAAGGUACGGGAAAAGGGGACCGCGUCACAAAGGACGAUGUGAUGAACUACAUAGCCAAGAAAACUCAAUCUGUCGGAAAACCUAUCGCAUCGUCACCACCACAGGUUCUUAAAACAUUUGAAGAUAAAAUCACACCCUUGUCAACUAUUCAGAAAUCUAUGUUCAAGUCUAUGACGCGCUCCCUUCAAAUUCCUCAUUUUGGUUAUGGUGAUGAAUUCAUAUUGGAUAAUGCUAUCGUAUUUCGUGACAUGGUCAAUGAGUACAUUGCACAAAGCGACAAAUUUUCACUCAAAAAAAUUACAUUCAUGCCAAUUCUUUUAAAGUCGUUUUCUGUAGCGUUACAAAAGUUUCCAAUUCUCAACGCUUGUCUCGUGGAUGCCGAUAGUCCAGACACCGUCAAAUUAAAAUACCGUUACGUUCACAAUAUUGGUGUUGCAAUGGACACACCCGGAGGCCUUUUAGUACCAAAUGUGAAAAAUGUGCAAACGAAAUCGAUUUUUGAUAUCGCAGCUGAUUUACAACAUUUACAAGAAGAUGGCAAAAGAAAUGCUAUCUCCCUUUCUGAUAUCCAGGAUGGAACUAUAACACUAUCUAACAUUGGCAUUAUUGGUGGAACUCAUCUUUCUCCGGUUAUUGUUUCUCAAGGAUUAUGCAUUGCCGCCAUAGGCAAAAUUCAAAGACUCCCACGGUUUGAAUCUGUUAAAGAUGAUACUACAGGGAAAACUAUUGAAAAGGUAGUCGCAAAACAUAUAAUGCCAGUAAGCUUUUCUGCGGAUCAUCGUAUAAUUGAUGGCGUUACUGUUGCGAGAUUUUCCGAGACUUGGAAAAAUUUGAUAGAAAAUCCUGCUUUAAUGCUCCUUCAAAAUUCAAGCAUAUCACAAACUUCAUACUUUUCCAGUAAAAGCCCUCUAAGUUUAUCAAAGGAAUUACGGCUUCUUCGAAACGCACAAGUUUCAAAAAAGUCAAUAUCAGAAAUUCCGGAAAAAGGGUCAACUAUACACGAAACAGUGCAAGUUGCGAAGGAGGAUGCUAAUAUUAUUGACAAAUUUCCUGAUGCCAUCGUCAAAAAAAAGCCAUUGAUUACUCGAAUUAAAGAUGAAUUGGUGCAUUAUUGGCAGGGAACAAAACUUUUAGGUUUAGAAAUUAAAAUCUCAACCAAGUUGUUAUACAAACUCUUAAAAGGUCAAAAAUUAACUCGACGAGAAUACCGACAACUUAAGAGGACUACCCAAGAUCUCGUUCGUCUAGUUCCAUUUGCGGUUUUUAUAAUUGUUCCGUUCAUGGAAUUCUUACUACCAGUAGUACUUAAAUUAUUUCCAAAUAUGCUGCCUAGCACCUUUGAAGAUAAAUUUGCAAAGGAAGAGAAAAAAAGAAAAUUACUCAAGGUCCGUUUGGAGAUGGCCAAAUUUUUGCAGGAAACAAUUGCUGAGGCUACUGUAUCCGGACAAAAUCGUAACGAGGCUGCAAAAGAAUUUACAGAGUACUUUCGUAAGAUUCGAACAACAGGAGAACAAGCUAGCACUGAAGUUUUGCUUCGAAUAGCUAAAGUGUUUGAAGAUGAACUAACGUUAGACAAUUUAUCGCGUCCUCAACUGGUUAGCAUGUGCCGUUAUAUGAACCUUAAUGCUUUCGGUACAGACAAUUUCCUGAAAUUUCAAAUAAGAAAUAGAAUGACUGCUAUUAAAGAGGAUGAUAAAAUGAUAAUGGCUGAAGGUGUUGAUUCAUUAACCAUUCCAGAACUUCAACAUGCAUGCCAGUCACGUGGUAUUCGUACUAUAGGUGUUUCUCCGGCGCGGUUACGUAGUGAACUUCAACAAUGGCUUGACCUUCACCUAAACCACAAAGUUCCUUCUACUCUUUUAAUUCUCUCACGCGCUUUCAGUUUAGCUGAUCGGCCAGAGUUAACAAAUCAAGCAGAGGCACUACAAGCUACUUUAUCUAGUUUACCAGAUAACCUUAUUAAUGAAGCAGAAUUGCAAUUUUCUGAAGAUAAGGGAACUGCCACCUAUAAACAAAAGCUCGAAGUCAUUGAGGAACAAGAAGAGCUGAUUGCUGAUGAAAAGGCUCAAGAAGAGAAAGAGGAAGCAGCAAGACGCGCUCAAAAAGAAGCAGAGGAAGCGGUAAAACGCGCCCAAAAGGCAGCAGAAGAAGCUGCCAAAGAGGCAACGGCGGCUCUUAGCGAACAAGUGCAAAGUGAAAUUCAAGCUCCUGAAGAGGAAGAUGUUCGCAUGACUGAACAGCAACUUCAAGAACUACGUGCCGCACUAUCAAUCCUUUCUUCUAAGUCAGCUGUUUUAGAAGAAAGGGAAGCAUUAAAUGAAAUUAAGGAGGACCGAGCGGAAUAUAAGGAGGAUAUGCAAGGGUUAAAGGAAACUGGUAAGCAUAAAGAAUCCGCCGUAUCAAAUCGUCUUGGAUCACGCUUAGAAAAAAUGAUCCGACGAAUUGACAAGGAAUUGGAACAGUAUGACACUGAAGUUGGUUCGAAAUUAAAUCUAAUUCAAGCAAACGAGAGCGGGCAAAUAAGUGUUAAUGAUUUAGCAGAAGCACUUAGAAUUAUUAAGCACACACCUGGCGAUAAUGAAAGGAUUAAAAAGAUUGUGAAAAAAUUGGACGCAGAUGGUGAUGGAUUAGUAUUUUUAGAUCAUAUUUAUGAAUUAUGCUCCGAAGGAGAGGGCUUGGGAGUAUUGGUAGAAAAAAAGCCAGAGUCUCAAGAAGAAAAAGUUCCGAAACCCAAAAAAGAGGACAUUAUACAAACAUAA